CCCCUGUCGACCCCCCCACCAUUUCAUCUGUGUCUCUUUCUCUCUGUCUGCUCAAGAAGAGGAAAAAGAAGGAGAACAGAAAGAGAGAGCGAAGCGAACUCGAAUCUGAUAAAUAGUGAAAAGGGUCGAGUUUCGUCGAUACGCUAUGUUGCCGAGGAGUCGGACUCUUCCGUCGAGAAUUCACAAUGGAGUCGUGGAAGAGAGGCAUGACAUAAGGUCGUAUUUUCAAGUGGAAGCCCAGCCUAAGCCCCAUGCAGAGAGCGAAGCCAUGAACCCUCAGUCCAACUACUCCAAGUGUUUCGACGACGAUGGCCGGCUGAAGAGAACAGGGACGUUUUGGACGGCGACGUCGCACAUAAUAACUGCAGUGAUAGGUUCAGGAGUGUUGUCACUGGCAUGGGCGAUAGGCCAACUGGGGUGGGUUGCAGGCCCGGCGGUGAUGGUCCUCUUCGCCUUUGUCAACCUCUACACCUCCAAUCUUCUCUCGCAGUGUUACCGUACCGGCGACCCCAUCACCGGUCAGAGGAACUACACUUACAUGGAUGCUGUUAAGGCCACCUUAGGGGGCAAAAAGGUCAUGCUAUGCGGGAUAAUCCAGUAUCUCAAUCUAUUCGGGGUUGCGAUUGGGUACACCAUCGCUGCAUCCGUGAGCAUGAUGGCAAUAAAGAGAUCGAACUGCUUCCACAAAAGCCACGGGAAAGAUCCGUGCCACAUGUCGAGCAAUGGGUUCAUGAUCGCCUUCGGAGUGAUGGAGAUUUUACUAUCUCAGAUCCCAGAUUUUGAUCAAGUCUGGUGGCUCUCCAUUGUAGCAGCCAUCAUGUCUUUCACUUACUCCACAGUUGGUCUUGGUCUUGGGAUUGAAAAGGUUGCAGAGAAUGGGAACUUUCAAGGAAGCCUGACCGGCAUAAAGAUAGGGACUCCAACACAUGCUGGAGUUGUCACUUCAACACAGAAGUUAUGGAGGAGUCUCCAAGCUCUGGGAGCUAUCGCUUUCGCAUACUCUUACUCUAUCAUUCUAAUUGAAAUCCAGGAUACAGUCAGGUCACCUCCUGCUGAGCACAAGACCAUGAAGAAGGCUACUCUGUUCAGCAUCACAGUAACCACUGCCUUCUAUUUGCUUUGUGGAUGCAUGGGCUAUGCUGCUUUCGGAGAUCUUGCUCCCGGAAACCUCCUGACGGGGUUCGGGUUCUAUGACCCUUAUUGGCUUCUCGACAUUGCUAAUGCCGCAAUCGUCAUCCACCUCGUGGGUGCAUAUCAGGUCUAUUGCCAACCUUUGUUUGCAUUCAUAGAGAAAUGGAGUGCAAAGAAGUGGUCGAAGAGUGACUUCGUGACUGCGGAGUACGACAUACCUAUCCCUUUCUUCGGUGUGUACCAGCUCAACUUCUUCCGACUGGUAUGGAGGACACUGUUUGUUAUCCUCACCACAGUCAUAGCCAUGCUCAUGCCCUUCUUCAAUGACGUUGUCGGGAUCCUCGGGGCCUUCGGGUUCUGGCCUUUGACGGUGUAUUUCCCUGUGGAGAUGUACGUAUCGUCGAGGAGAAUCGGGCGGUGGACGACCAUGUGGGUGGGACUGCAGAUACUGAGCAUGACAUGCCUCUUGAUAUCUGUAGCUGCUGCGGUUGGCUCUGUGGCCGGAGUCGUGCUUGAUCUGAAGACAUACAAGCCUUUCAAGACUACCUACUGAGAUUACGGAUUAAUCUGUAUACAAUACAAGCAUAGUUUUGGACUCUUGAAGUUGUUAAGUGGGAGAGGACAAUAAAAUAAAUCUCAGAUCUUCCUCGAAAGGAAUAAAAGAUAGGAUUUCCUUGCAGUCUUUACACAGUAGUCUUUCGUCGGGUUACCCUUUUUGAGUCUCUCCUGAAAUGUCCCUACAAAAACUGAAUUAAAAAUGUUUUCUUAGAUCAUGAUCACAUAAGUUACGCGACACCAACGUCGUAACAAACAACUGGUCCAGCUCAACAAUGAUUCAGCUAAUAAUUCCCUAAACUGCAGAGACUAAACUAAAUUCUGCGCAGGUUAAGCCUUUCCUUGUGUUCAUGAUAUUAUGAGAUAAAGGCAGGGAACUGCAUGCACAUUCACCAAAUACAGCCAAGGAAAAGCAACAAGCAGAUUUCAGAACAACUGCAUUAACCCUCUGUUACAACCACCA